AUGAAUGAAACGCCUUUCAGUUGCACAAAAUUGUCAUCUGAACAAGAAUGCAAUAUAGUAAAUCCUGACGAAGGCUCGAAUUCGGCUUCUGAAGCUCCAUCUACAGACGGCAAAGAAUCUAAAUUCAACCAUUGCAUUGAUAAAUUUACUGAAGAUAACGGCAAAAUUCGUUCAAAACAACCUUCCUUUCCUGAGGAUGGGAUCGAUACUCCACCAGUAGUGCAUAUAUCUCUCCCUGCUGGGCUGGCAAAAAAAGUAUAUAAACAAGAUGAUUCAGAUAUGCCCUAUCCGAAUCCAGACUUGAACGUCUUGUUCUCAUCCCCUAGAGCCUCUUCGGCUCCUGCAACCCAGCUUGAACAAAUACCUACAGACAAUGACCCUGUAGUCGAAUGUAUUUUACAAAAUAGCGAGAAAGAUUUGAAUAAGGAUUUUAAAUAUGCUUUAAAAGAGCAAAGUAAAGGUGAGGUAAACAAUGAAAUUAGCGCAACCAGCUCACUUUCCGCCUCUAUCAUCAAAGACGAGUCUUGUUCCAUCGACACGAUGACGAUACCUUCCAGCACAACAGAUUGGCCAAAAUCCAUAACUGAACGUGAUGACUACGAAUCUUAUUCUCACAAAUCCAGUUGCGCAGACCAAUUCCCUUCCAUCCAUCGCAAUACAUUUCCUUUCUCUGGAUCCAUCAGUCUGAAACAUGAAUCAGGUGUUGCUGACACCGAGUACUCUUCCUCGAAAGGUAUAGGCACAGUACCCAGCUCUACAUGCUUGGUGGGAAAAAGUACGGAUAAAGUUCCCCCUUUGGAAGUCUCAGCUCCAGCUAACCAUACUGACAUAUUUAUUAAACCACCCUCUGGAAUAGUAUCUGAUCCCUCCCUCCAGUCAGGAUUGGGGGCAUGUACAGAAGCUGCAUUUUCAUUAAUGUCGUCCUCGCCCACUUUGCCUUCACCCCCUGAUUUUUUCUUACUUCAAGCUUCUACUAUAUGCGAUAGCCCGUCUAUACCUGACUCUCCUUCAGUUAGGAAGAGCAAAGAUGGAUUACACACUGCCACCAGUUCAGAUGAAUAUCUUGGAGAGGCGAUCUUUCAUCCUGCGGAUAAAUCCUCUUCAAGUAUCCCAUUGUCGCAUCUCAAUUCUCCUGAAAAGUGCACUCUCCUGAAGGUUGAUCCAUGA